GCAAUGAGACCGGUCCUUUUCCACCUCCAUUUGUCUCGGCACAGCUCGUAAUCGAGCUCUCCGAGGGAGGUUUGUUUGAUCGAUCGCACAGGUUGACUCAUUGUCACCUUGGGAUCGAGUUUUCAUACAACACUGCACUAAAAUAUCUCAAUUUGGCUUAGUCUUUGUGGAGCCACCUCAUCACAAAGAGAGCUUUAGUACUUCGAGUUUGUUUCACUCAGUACUUGACAAUUGAGAGCAUUUGUCACUUAUAUUUCUGUGUUUCGAGGCGCAAUUUUUCGCCGGAGUGUGUGGAGAUCCCAGCGAGCUGUAGAAGACUUGGAUUAAGGUUAGUUUUGUGUUUGGAGGUUUCUUCGUCAUCAAAGAUGCCGGGACCAGUUGCUAUGGAGCUUGGCCAUGUGGCCGUAGAAAGUGGAAAGAAGAGUAAGAAGAUUGCCGUAUCCUCCGACGAAGAGGUGUCUGCGGCGGCGCUUCAACCGCGUCCGGAGUCUGAGAAGAAAAAGAAGAAAAAAGAGAAGAAGGUGGAUGCGGAGGCGCAGGCCGUUGAAGGGUCUACCGUUACAAUGAACGGUGAUACGAUGGAGGUUGAGCCGGCGAAGGUGUCUAAAAAGAAGAGGGCCAAGUCUCCUCAGGAUGAUGGCGUUACGGCGAAGAAGAUUCAGAAGGUCGUAGAGGAUGGAGGCAAAGAGGCUGGUGCUGCUAUGGAUCCCAUGUCUGUCUCCAAUUUCAGUAUUGGCAAGCUUUUGCGAGAAAAGUUAAAGUCUAAGGGUAUCGAAGCGCUCUUUCCGAUUCAGGCUCAGACUUUCGAACCUGUAUUCGAAGGGAAUGACAUGGUUGGCCGAGCACGCACAGGACAGGGGAAAACUCUGGCGUUUGUGCUGCCCGUUCUGGAGUCUUUGAGUCAGAGCGGUUAUACGAAGAGCCUCGGCAGAGGCCGAGCUCCCGCUGUCAUCGUUCUUGCACCUACCCGUGAAUUAGCGAAACAAGUGCAUGCAGACUUUGAGACUUACGGGAAUGCAGUUGGAUUGAGCACCGUUUGUGUCUAUGGUGGAGCCCCUUACGGGCCACAAGAGAAUGCUCUAAGGAGAGGUGUUGAUAUCGUCGUCGGCACUCCUGGUCGAAUCAAGGAUCACUUGGAGCGGGGCGGAUUGAAUCUGAAGUCCUUGAAGUUUCGUAUACUUGACGAGGCUGAUGAAAUGCUCAAUAUGGGGUUUGUGGACGACGUAGAGAAAAUUCUUGGCGGCGUUGAUGAUCCAUCGAAGGUUCAAACUCUACUUUUUAGUGCAACUCUGCCCACGUGGGUUCAACAGAUUGCCCGUAAGUUUUUGAAGCCUGAGAGGAGAACUGUUGACUUGGUUGGUGAUGAGAAGAUGAAGGCUAGCAACAAUGUGAAGCACUUGUUGCUUCCAGGUCACUAUUCCAUGCGAACUCAGCUUGUGCAAGACGUCAUUCAGUGUUAUGGCAGCGGAGGCCGCAUUAUAGUCUUCACUGAGACCAAGAACGACGCCUCGGAGUUGGCAGGAGUCUUGAAGAGUGGAACUGCACGAGCUCUGCAUGGGGAUAUCCCUCAAAAUCAGCGAGAGGUGACACUUCAAGGGUUUCGCACGAGCAAGUUCAGUGUUCUGGUUGCAACGGAUGUGGCCGCCAGAGGAUUAGACAUCAAUGACGUUCAGUUGGUGAUUCAGUGUGAACCUCCUCGUGAUGCCGAAACCUACAUCCAUCGGUCUGGGCGGACAGGAAGAGCUGGAAAUACUGGUAUCUCUGUGUUGUUUUACGACAGGAAGAAGGAGUACAUGAUCCCUCAGAUCGAACGGAAGGCUGGGUUCAAGUUUGAGCGGAUUGCAGCUCCUCAACCUGCAGACAUUGCCAAGGCUAGUGGCAACACAGCGACAGAUGGUGUCUUAGCAGUCUCCGAUACCGUGAUACCACUAUUCCGUCAAGCAGCUGAGGACCUUGUGAAGAGCAGUGGUUUGCCUGUACUAGACGUCCUUGCCAAGGCCAUUGCCAAAAUUUCUGGUCAAACAGAGCUGAAGAGAAGGUCCCUACUUACUUCUCACGAUGAUGCUACAACCUUGAUGCUGAAGGCAAACACAAAAAUGUACUCUCCCACGUAUGCAUUCAAUUGUUUGCGGAAGUACUUGCCUGAAGAAACAGUUAAUGAAGUCAGGCGUAUGAAUCUUACUACUGAUUGCACGGGAGCUGUCUUUGAUGUACCAUCGAGGAGUGUUGAGGAAUUCAUAGCAGAACAAGAAGGUGAAAACUUCACCGUGGAAGUUUUGGACGCGCUACCUGAGUUGCAAGUAAAGCCUGACCGUAGUGGUGGUGAAGACAGAGGCUUUGGUGGAAGGGGUGGUCGAGGAGGUGGCUUUGGUGGAAGAAGUGGUGGGUACGGCCGAGGUGGGAGCAGAGGUGGAGGUGGCGGCGGACGGUUUGGUCGUCGUUGAUUUCUUUCUUUUGACCUCCAUUUAGAGGCACUGUAAUUUAACUUGUGUCUUCAAAGCACGUACGUAGUCUCAAAAGUGAAGACACCAAAUAUGGAUCUUCCAAUUGGCAACGAAUUUUGAUUGUUGCAGAAGGAAUUCUGUGGAGUAGUGCUCAAAAUUGUAGUGAUGGUUGUAAGAGGUGUGUAGGGACGAACGUACAGCUAUGUGCUUGGUGAAUGUCAAUUCACUAUUACAGACAGGGCGAUCACUCCAAAUUGCUGCAAGUUGAAGAAAGAGGGAAUGUUCCUUUUCAUCAUGGGCAGGUUUUAAUCAUGAAUGUUGGACGAGAUCCACUUCACAACGAUGUGAUCCCAGAAAUAGUUUCUCAUCUUCGAUCCAUGAAACAUUCAUCAGAAUGCAAUAUGAAACCUGAAUUUACAACUCCUUUCAAAAACACGAUUUACGGGA